AUGAUGUCGUUUUCAUCCCUUCGCCUUGGCAAUAAAAGCAACCGAGGAGGCACCACUAUUGCAAGAGACAACCAUCUUCGUGCACCAAAACGAUGGGAAAUAUUGUUGGAUGAGCACGAUCAAUGCAUGCAGGAGGUGGAAGAAUCCUUGCAAGUUUGGUUGGAUCGUCAUCGAGAGACUAUCAAAGAAUCCAACCAAUGGAAAGAAGCAAAUGAAAAGUUGACUCGAGAAUUGCAAGACACGAGAGUGGAAUUGGCGAGUACCAAGAGACGCAUGCAUGUCCUCCAGCAACAGGUGAUAAUGUCAUCAACAACACCACCAUCAACAAGAAGCAGCAGAAACAAACAUGGCAACGAAACGAGACUGCCCACCGCUCUUCCACAUGUACUUGGGAAUUCCGAGACUCGAGAUAACUAUAGUUCGGAAAGAAAUGCUAGCAAUUCCCCUGAAGGCGUUGCAAGAAACCGCGGCCAACAACUCUUGCACGAACUAGCUUCCAACAACAUGGAAGAAUCUUCAUCACCAUCCUAUCAAGUCAUUUUGCGCUGGCAAGAGCGCCAAACGGACCAGUGGAAGUCUCGGUGCCACCGACAAUUGAAUCAAAUUGAUGGCUUGUUGGCAAAAAUAGAGCGUCAACGAAACGAGUUAAACGAUGAAAAGGAACAAUGCGAUCUUCUUAUUGAUGCUGUCUAUCAUUUGAUCCAGCAAGAAGAAGAGGUAAAAGAAGACGAAGACGAGAUUGCUGUUGCUGCUGCUGCUGCUGGUGGUGGUGGUGGUAGUGAUGAUAACGAUGAUGAAAACAAUGCAGUGGAGGAUUCAACCAACAUUGACGCAUCUUUUGUUUCAGCUGAUCCAGACGACUGCUGUUUCUGUCCCUUGACCCAACAACUCUUUGUGGAUCCAGUGAUUGACUACGAGGGUAAUACUUAUGAAAGGAAAGCCAUUUUGGAGUGGCUCGAGUUCAAUGAAACAUCGCCUCUUACUAGAAAUCAUCUGACAAAAGAUCAACUCAUUCCAAAUCGUGCUGUAAAGCAUGCGAUUGCGGCAUGGGACAACAAGAAAUAG